GAACAGAACUGAACCGAACAGAACUGAAAUUGCACGGACCAAGUUAAUAUCGACGGACAACGGCGGAGUGUAAUUGCGAAUGUCCGUGCCCCGUUUCCGAUUCCGAUUCCGAAUCCGUUGCACGUUUCCGUGAUGGAAUAUGUACAUGUGAAAAGAGGCGAAAACAAAAAUAUCGCCGGCGCGUCAUUCGUUAUGCAAUUCCCGCGCAAAUAACAAUACUCAACAAAAGUCAAAUAAAUUGAACAAAUAAAACCAAAACUUUUGGUGGAUGCAGCACGUAAACUUUGACAACAACGAGAAUCCAAGCAGACGCUUUAAAAGACCACAGCGAAUUCAUUAGCCAGCCUAUAUUGAUAAGGCCUUAAAGUUUUCAUUUUAAGUGUGUCACAGUUGACUGAGCAAAAAAAAACUCUACAGAAAGUAAUUAUAUAAAUCAAAGAUGUUGCUUAUGCAGUUGCUUUGUCUAAGCUUAUCACUGAAUCUUUCGCAUUUUGGAACUAUAACUAGAGGGAAAUCACUUUGGGAUAUACGAAAAGAUCGAAAGAAAUCAAUGACGUCUUCAUUUGACGUAAAAAAGUGCCCCAAUAUAAAGACCAUGGAUAAUGUGAACAAGACACAAUUAUUAGGAAUUUGGUUUGCCUAUAUUACAACUCCUUUGGAUAUACCAACUUACCAGCGUCGUUGUAUCUCUCACAAUGUUGAAAAUGAUAAUUUUUUCAAGAAAAAUAUCUUAUAUACUGACUAUAAAAUGAUUUGUAUCACCUAUUCUUGCAAAUAUGACGCCAAAACUAUGUUGCACCGUAUUAAGCUGCGCAUUUUAACCCGCACUCGAACUCCUUUGGAAGAGCCACUAAACAAGGCGCUUAUAUUCCUGGAACAGAUUAAUUUUCCCUCGGACAAACUAGAGUUUCUCAAGGCGGAUGCCUUUUGCUUCGAGUGGUACCUCUUGAAGUACCACCAUAAACGGCGACCGGGAAGAUAUAAUGUUCCCACCAACAUAGUUUGGGAUCGUGUUUGAUGCUGAUGCUGAUGCUGAUGCUGAUGAAGAUGGAGAUGGAGAUGUAGACGGAGAUGGCGAUGACAGCACGAAUUAAUUGCAUAACUAUCGUCAAUUAUUACAACAUAAUCAAAGGCGGGGGAGCUGCAGCGAUGGCGAGGAAAUCGUAUAACUUAAUUAAUUAGGGCCGGCCCAGCCGAAAUCAAUUACCAACGACAGUUUCAGUCGACUGAUUGCGACUGGUCCUUCAAGGAACCCAAUUGUGCUGAUUCCCGUGUCCUUGUUCCCGAAACACAAAUACAUGUGCACUUGAAAAAAUAACUGCAAAUAAGUUAAUAAAUAUAUGUAUAUCUAUGGAAUUAAA